AGAAGAACUAGGUGGACAUUGGUUCAAAUUUUUUGGAUCUAAGUAUCUUUUUUUUGAUACUCGUCUAGUAGAUGAUCCUUCCUUGAGUACGCUGAUCAUGUAGUUGUUUCUUGUCUCCUAGUACCUCUAGUACAGGGUUGGUAGUGCUAUAGUACUUCAAAUCAUUUUUGUGAUACUCUAGCUAAUUAGUACACGCGGCCCAUGAUUGAGGAAGUUAGAGUUUUUACUCGUACACUACAGGACAGCAUCAUCUUCAUCGAUGAAUACUACAUCGUCCACCAAAAAAAAAAUCAAAAAAGAACCUCACGAUUAUAAUGCCCGGCGAACUCGUACUCGGGGAAUUCCAAGCCCCCGCCGAGGAGCAAAUUUUAUGGUUGUUUCACUGAUUGAGACCGAAUGAUGAACGGAAGGGAUGACAAUGACUUUGCUUCUCGUUCGAAUCCAUGUUUUGUUUCUAGAGCAACGACUGGCACAAAGCAUCAAAAUCUUAGAAUAGAUGAUCAUGAUUCUCAAUCAGUCCUGCUCCCAACCAUCUCUAUCAUACGAAAAGAAAGCACUACAAGAUGAGGUCGCUGUCUACCUCGAAGCCCAGAAGCGUUACCUCGUUUUCACUCGUGAUGGUAUCUUUCAGAGAGCAACUGCGGAAGCUCCACUGGAACCCUGUACCAAAUUAAGGCUCAAUACAAUUUGUUGCUAACAGUGAUUCAUUUCUCACCUGUUCCUUCUUAGGAUCGGGAGAGAGGCGCGCAAGACAUGAAUUUUUUUUGAGCUCGUCUAACCAAAGGAAAUAUAGCAACUCUAGCUCAAAUGGGUGCGCGAGCGAUGCGCUUACAGGAGCAAAAAGUGGACAAGGAGUUGAAUGAAGUGGAAAAAAAGCUUCUAGAGGCUGGUGGAGGUGCGGAGAGGAAAGCGGGAGGAGGAGGUCUUUAUGAAUGAUUUCGUUUUAGUCGUGUUAGUAGAAGUGUUAGUGUAGUUUGCCAAAUAUUUAUAAUAGAAAUAGGCAAACUGAAACCCACGACAAUGUACAUGAGUUACGUACUUAUUCACUCCGAUCGAUGGUAAGUAAAAGUAUCCUAAAAUCUAUCAUCUCUAAGUGCAAGAAGAGCGUGUUGCUGCCGAGAGACGCAGGAUUGCGUUAAAGUUCCUGGUGCUGAGACACGCAAAGAUCCAGUUUCGCUCUAGACAAAAUCUUGGAGACAUAGCUGCUUCUGAAGGAGUAGCGAAAUCACCCGAUGAAGGUGUAAUUGGCGAAGAAGCAGGGAAAGAAGAAAUCGAUAAAGAUAUCGAUCAACAGGCGGACGAUCUUCAUCUUGAUAAUAGGAAUGCAGCUCUUAUUGCUGGUAACGAAGAUGCCACCAGCAGCACAGCAGGAGGAAGUCGAAGUGAUCAACAAGCUCGCACCAUCGCUACAAACACAGCUUCAACAACAUCAGCUUCGUCUUCGUCUAGAGGAACCGGAGGCUUAUUCAAACGAGGAAACAACAUGUUCAAGCAACAGAUGUUGUCUUCGUCGUUGCUACAGAACCUAAAACGUGGCGUUGCAGAGGUAAAGCAAGGAACGGAUGAAAUUGUACGCCAGAGACACCUGGAGCAAGAUUAUUUAGUCGAUGUAGAAGUACCACCUUCAUCAGUCCAAUGUAAUUCACAUGAACAAGAUCACGGUGUAAAAAAUCCUGCAACGUCGUCCUUGAGAGCAGCCGCGUCUUCCUCGAGAAGUACACGAGCAGUAGAGACUAGAACAACAGCUAGUAUACCAGCAGGAGCUCCAAAAGCGAAAAAGAGAUCUGCAGCACCAAAGCGAAAAUUACAGGUCAUUGAUCGUCGAGAUGGCUUGAAGGACGUUUUUGAAGGGUUGAACACUGCUUCUGCUACUUCGAGUAGCAGCUGCAGCUCUGCGUCGGCAAAUAACUUUAAGUAUGGACAAGGACAACAGAAGACGAAGCGACGGAAAGUGAACGAUGACGACAAGACGGAUUUGAAUGUAGAACAAGGCGGCAAGAAACGUGAACUGCUGGCGAAGAAUAAGAGAGCAGGCGCUCCAUUUUCUUCUGAAGAUUCAGAGGACCAAGAGAUGAGCGUCGAGUACGAGGAGGGUGAGAAUGCUGAAGAUGAAGAUGACGACUACGGACCGGAGGAGUUUUUUUCGCAAGCGCCAGCGGCGCCAGCAUUUAUACCGCAAACAACAAAGGCUAAGUCAUCAAGUCGCGGUGCACUAAACCCAGCACCUCCACUACCCUUCGAAGAUGAUGAUGAUUUUCUUUGUGAUAGUGAUAAAGAUGCGCCUCCACCUGCUGCUAGUCGCGGCGCUACUUCAAGUAGACCAAAUCUAGUGAACCUGUAUAAGAACAAGAACAAAGCCGCGGCUGCGGUGUCCUCUUCUACUACAACUUCUACAACUACUUUAUUCGGGUCGACGAGCUUGGAGAAUGCUGGACCACUGCAGAUAGACUGGAAUGCACCAACCUCAGUGGCCCCACAAGAAAAACCCAAAAAAAAUCAAGCUCCCUCACCCGAUGAGAACCCCAAAAUGGAGAAUAUGAUGGCACAGAUGCUCUUUGAUUCGUCUGAUGAAGACUAGACGUACACACCUUGCUUUGGGUAGAACAAGUAUAUAUUUAUGAUAUCUCAAUUGCCUUCGCGGCCAACCUUGUCUUAAGAACUUUCAGCACGGUGGUCCAAAGGGUCAGAAACUUACCGGAAACUUUCAAGAAACUUAUCACUUUCUGGGUCUGGCACUUCUUUUUUUGGUGCAUCAAAAUGGUCAGACUACUGCUAAUUUUUUAUUAUAGGCGACUCGUCCGCUGUUUAGUGCUUUCGUUUUCUUAUGCUGUUCUACUCAUUUUUUCAUCCUGAUUCUGCGUCAAGAACUUUGCAGAAGUCUCUCAAUUCACUCUAUCGCUUCCCUAUCCAAAACGCCUCUCGUUCCUUCUUUAUCAAAAACGCCACAAUCGCUACCCACUGGGCUAUCGAAGCAGAGGCAUCCUUGUCUUGCUGAAAGAUUCUGCAACUUUGUUUGCAAUUUUCUAGAGCAAGGACAAGCUCCGGCGGCGGGAUUAUCUAUCAGCCCGAGGAAUGCGGUCGAAAAUGAGCGAGACGCACCUAGCCACGCAUCCAAAACCAAGGGUCGUUUCUUGUGGGCGUGAAUUCCUUCGCUGAAAGUUAUGAUAAUCGUCGGCUUUCGGUCCUGCUGGGAGUCGACGGCAGGUUAUGCUAGGAAUUUCAUUUUUCUGGCAGCUUUUUCCAAGAAAAAGGGUGCUUUUUUUAUGUCUUCGGCCUGGUUCUUCAUCGACUGUCCGAAGUUCCAGCGUUAGUAUGUGCGCUGGCCAACAGGUCGGAGGCCUGCCUCCGGAAGAACCUUCUCCACGUGCACGAGAAGACACUGCACAAUUUGUGUUCUGUAUGCAUGAAGUUGCUCAACGAGAGCCACUUCUGAGCGUGCAGAUUUUUUGAACCAUGGACAUGGGCGCGGUUUCGGUAUUUGGCUGCAAUUUUGCGAGGGUCUUAGCGUGUGGCAUUGCGAGUUCAGCUCAUUUUGCGACUGCGUUUAUAGCUGCAGUAGCGGAAGCUUUCAGGACGAUCCAGCACCGUGUCGUGACUUGCUCAGAGGGUUGCUGAUUGUGCGAAGUUGAUGGAGUUUUGUAUCCUUGGGGUCGCAUGUGUGACGGUCUGACAUUUAUGACUACAUGAGUCAACCGCGGGCACUAUAUCGCUCUUUUCAAUCAUGGCGCGCUCAUACUGGGACUAGCAUGAGACAUCAGACAUGGCACACAAGCCAGAUUAACGCCUCCAAAUGCUAACAAUUUCGACGGACCAUCUGUGGGUGAUCUUGAUAUUAACUACUACAGAUGAAGAAGCGUUUUUGACUGGAGGCGCAACCAUAAGCACUAAGAACCGUCGAGAACAAUAAAAGAACAAGUGAGGAGGUCUUUGCGUGUUCUGAAGCAUCAAAGGAAGCUGAUCUACAACAAGGAGUCUAUGUC